UCUUUAUUCUGUCCAUCCGUAGCCGUUCUCUCUUCGGUGACCUUUGACUGGUCUACCGUGCCGUCAUCGGCGUGCCGUCCAGAGUUUUGACUUCCAUCACUCGAGCUCUCUUUGUUCAAGGUUUCCUUCAGAGCCUUUUGGUAUGUGGCUUCUGAACCUUUGGUGUCCUUCCUCCCAAAGGUCUUCUGAGCUCGAGUUGCUCUUUCAUGUUCCACUGGACGUGUGAACGGCUUUAAUUUCCGCUCGUAAGGGUUUUCUGACCGUUCUCUCUGACUACCCGCUGAGACCGGUUCAUUACCGUCUGUAUCUUGAUCCAUGUCUUUGGGUUUAUUGAUGAUCGGAUAACUUGGACGAUGCUAAUAAUGUUUCUGACACGUGUGUUAGAUUACGUUACGCGACUUUUACACGUGAACAGUAACAAGCACUGGCCUAAAGGUCACUUCGUAUCGUACGAGCUCAGUUGCUAAAGGUCACUCUGCCUUUAAAAGAUCUAAGUCCUUUCUAAAGGUCACUUUUCUCUUCAGAAAUUUAACUAAGUUCUCGUAAAGGUCUCUUCCUUCAGCAAAACUCAACUCAAUAAGGUCAUCAACUGUUUCAGCUUAACGCUUACUCCGACUUUGUUAAAGGUCACUUUUUCUCCCGAAUUUUUCGUUUUUAAAGGUCACUAUCAACUUCGGUCAGAAAUGUCUAACCUGAGAAUAUUUUUCGAUUUUAUUAAGAAAUCAACUUAGAUUUCCUCAGAAUGAACGUUAUUUCUUCAGCUUUUAGCUUUUGCUAAAGGUCAUCAAUCUCGUCAAAAUUUUUGGUAAAGGUCAACUUCUCGUCAGUUGGUUCAGAAAAUUUUCUUGGUUAGCUACGUCACAAUCUUGAGUGCCGUGCGCAAAAACUCCGCCUCCUUACGAAAUCUCAGCUUCUAAUUGGCUUACUUCUAAGCUAACUUUAGCUUUACGUCUGCGCCAAUCACAGCGUUUAUAAACGACCAAUCAGGGCGUUGAACGUCGUGCUGAAAAGAUUGCAGAGAGUUGUCUGCAGUUCAUCGACCGAUCCGCGGACGAUGUCAUCGCGUUGGGAGAUUUUGCGGCCGUUGGAAAGGAGAUGCUCGAGAUGAUUCUAUUGCGUAAUACACUGUCGGCCGAGGAACAUAACAUCUAUCUGGCAGUUGAGAGAGGCAGCCAUAAGUCGGCUGUCCGUGAUGAUCUCAGCGAGGGAGGGCGGUCAGAUGAAGAUCCUGUCUGUUGAGGAAAUUCCGAAAAAUGGCGAUGGAGCGGAAUCGAACCGCUGGCUACCGAGUGAGAUCCACGUAGCACAGCCACUGUGCCAUCACCGCUGUUGGCGAAGAUCAAGAUAUUUGUGCUUGAGCUUGAGCCAACCAGGUAGGCGGCGGAUGGGCGGCUGCUGUGUGUAAAGAGGAUUCUCCUCUUACACCCCUGUUGCAGGCUUCGCUACGUCCUCGGAGCGAAACAUCCCAGGAUUCGGAGGAUCCGCACUCCACGCGGUGGGGAGGCGGGGCCAUACUGACUUCUGCAGUAGGCAGUCUGGUACCGUCCGAGCCAACGCUGCUUGAUCUGCUACCAUAUAACAGAGGAUAUACCAUGUUCUAUGGCAGUCUGCCUGAGAAACGCCAGGUGAUCGACAUUCCGGAUGUUCUUCCCGAUGCGUUUGCCAAUAUGCUCAGUUUCCUGUACACUGACACGGUCGAUCUGCGUGUGGACGUCGUCAUCCAGACACUGCUGUGCGCGGACAAGUACGAAGUGCCGCUGCUAGUGGACAAGUGCUGUGAAUUCGUUAGCACCCAGCUGAAUACGGAGAACUGUCUGAUUUUCCUGAAAAAUGGCGUUGAACGUCGUGCUGAAAAGAUUGCAGAGAGUUGUCUGCAGUUCAUCGACCGAUCCGCGGACGAUGUCAUCGCGUUGGGAGAUUUUGCGGCCGUUGGAAAGGAGAUGCUCGAGAUGAUUCUAUUGCGUAAUACACUGUCGGCCGAGGAACAUAACAUCUAUCUGGCAGUUGAGAGAUGGGCGCGAAACGCAUGCGAAUCGAACAACUUGGAUCCGUCCGCCGCCAAUCGGCGUGCGAUGCUAGGAGAUGCGCUGUUCCUCGUGCGGUUUCCCCUGCUGACCGAUACGCAGCUGGUUGAUGGGCCCUUAAAGAGUGGCCUCCUGCUUGCGUCUGAGGGGUACGAGCUGUACAAGUACAAGCACACCCAGUCCGAGGUAAAACCACAGCUGCCGUUCCCCACGGAGCCGCGCACCGGCCCCAUCCAUCCCGAUUUCGGACCCGUCCACCGUAUCGGGGACAUCAAGUUCCAGCAUGAGGAAAAAGUCUUUAUUAAGUCCAGUUCGCGUCCGGUUAUCUGGACGCCGGCGAUGAUCAUCGGCAUCCGGCAGGGGGAAAUCUUGUGGCGCUGUCUGACUCAACCAGCGGCUGAAGAGAGUGGCGACAGUGAACGGAUCGUGCGAGCGGCCGUUGUCUUGAAGCCGGGCCGAAAGCUGCAGGUGGAAAUUGAGGGAGAGUUCUAUGACGCUACGUACCGCCGAGCCAACGGUGAGCAGUACGUUGUCCAACGUUAUCCGCACUUACGAGAGAUGUCGGUGGACUUUGCCCGUCUCACAUUAAAAUAUGUUGUUCAAGGGAAAAGACGUAGUGCAGUCGUUAAGUCUUGAAAUGUGAGCGUUACGUAUGAAAAUGGCGGUUUAUAGUUUUUAAGAUGCACUAAAAUUACUAAAGGGUUUUAGUGUUUUAUAUUUUAAACUGUAUUGCCUUUUGGCAAGUGAUAGUAUUGGUGCUGUGUUGAGUGUGCUGUGCCCUUUCACUCGGUAAAUUUUUUUGGGUUUAUACGACAGA